CACUUGAUUGUCACUUAUCAUCUAUCAAACUUUCGGUGUAGCAUGAUAAAUUAAUUUUAGAAGAGAAGGUAUUGCAAAUUCACAAAGAAAAAUAUUUAUAUAUAAAAAUAUAUAUUUAAGAAUGGCGCAAAGUGAAGAAUUGUUUACCACUCGUAUGCGUAAAGCUACAAGAUCUAUUCACUCCUUAAGUGACGCUUUGGUUAAUGCGAAAUUUGCCCUCUCAUUAAGCGAUGAAACCGUUUGGGGUGGAGGACUCUUUGUUUUUUACCAUAUAUUUGCAUAUCUCGAAGAUGCGAAGAAAAGAUUGAAUAUGAGGGACUAUGAAAAAUUGUUUGUGUCUGACGUAUUGUUAAGAAAAGACGCUUUUGAAGAUGAUUUACUACAUUAUCUUGGAGAGGACUGGCGCUCCACACCCAAGUCAAUGGCCUUGGAAAACUAUUUGGAACAUUUGCAAAAUCUUGAAAGAGAAAACCCAAAGCUUCUUAUGGCUUACGUGUAUCAUCUGUACUUAGGCUUGUUGAGCGGUGGCCAAAUCCUUGCUAAGAAGAGGAGCGUUUUUGGUGAUGCUAACUCACCAGUAGGUAAAUACAUCGAUAGAGUGACAGAUUUCACAGACGUUGAUAUUCCGCAGUUAAAGAAUGAUUUCAGACAAGCAAUGAACGAAAUAGCAGCAAAGAUGUCAGAAGAAGAAAAGCAAGCAUUUAUAGAAGAGAGUAAUCAAGUGUUUUUGAUGAAUAACUUGAUUGUGAACUCCGUCGGUGGUCAGAAUAAAGUUCUCUAUAAUGUGCUGUACAAAACAUCAGCUAUAGUCCUACUUAUUCUCGGUGUGAUGUUGGCUUAUAAGAUUAAUAAAUAAUUAAUUUUAUAAUUGUUAAGUCAAAAUAAAUAACUUAUUGAUUAUUGAAUAUUAUCAAAUCACUGUAUCAAAAAUAUCAUUAACUACAUAUAAUAAAGAAAUUAUAAUUAUAUAAAAUGACCUAUUAUUGUAUAAGUAAUUGUUAUUCCUAUUACAUACUAUUAGAAUAUAUUAUAAAUAAUUGUAAUUUGUUAGCAGAAGUAUUUGUCUGGUUAAGAUCAUCUUUAGUACUGUUAUUUAUUUGUAUUUUUUUUUUCUCUAAACAGUAUAAUUACUAUAAAAUUAUAAAUUUAUUCACAGUCAAUAUGUCUAAUUUAUAUAUUACUAGAAAAUUUGAUUGAUUAAUUUGUGGAUGUUUUAAAAUAAAACUUUAGAAUGAUCAAAUGUAGAAUGUGUGUAAUAUUGAUGUUAUUUUUGUUAUUAAUAAAAGACUGAUUAAG